CUUGUGAUUCUCUAGUCAAAAGUGCAACACCAUCAGAAUAACGGGGAUGUUUUCCCAAGUUUUAUUGGUGGCCCUGCAUUUAGGUUUGGCUCAAAAACAUGAAUAGCCUACAUGUGGUAGAGCGAGUCAAUUAAUUGUUAAUGCUUGUUUGGGACUUUUUUUUUUUGGUUAUUGUUUUUUUUGCACCAAUAACGGACGUAGCCUAAGUGGGGGUCAGUGUCACAGGUCAAAGGCAGUGAGAGCGUGCGUGCUGGUUAGGGUUAGUAUCGGGAGUACCUGCCUCUUACACGCGCGCUGUAGCCUCACCUGCUGUCAUUACCAGAAGACUCCUGGCUCAGCGGGACCUCUGCUCUGGACGCAAGCAACGUACGCUUGGAUAAAAGCCGCAAAUAGAACUAUAAUCAUACAAAUUAAUCAUUAUUUACGGUAUAGGCCUAUAGGCUGUUUACUUUAAUAAGUACAGUCGCCAAAACUGUUGUAUUUAGAGAAAUGUUUCCCGUUUGCGCGACUGAGGUGCCGUGGCCUUGAUGGUUGCCUACAAGAGCGUCAAAUUGUUGAGAAUCUUCACAAUGUCAAAAUCGUCGGAUCAGUUUGAUGACCCUGACUGUGUCUGCUCCUUCGGUAUGAAGUUAACCUGGGAUAUUAACGACCCCAAAUUGCCACAGGAUUCCAAGCAGUUUGACGCUUUUCAGGAAUGGACGGAUGGGUAUGUUCGUUACAUCUACAAUGGCGAGGAUAAGAACGCUCAGCGGCACCUGAGCGGAUGGGCAAUGCGCAAUACCAACAACCACAACUGUCAGAUUCUUAAGAAAUCUUGCCUCGGCGUCGUAGUGUGUUCACGGAACUGCACGCUGGCGGAUGGAAGCAAACUGCAACUGAGACCGGCUAUCUGUGAUAAAGCACGACAAAAACAACAGAAGAAGCUAUGUCCUAGUUGUAGCUCUGGACUGGAGCUGCUACCUUGUCGCGGACACAGCGGUUACCCAGUCACCAACUUCUGGCGAGUGGACGGAAAAUCUAUAUUUUUCCAGGCUAAAGGUGUCCAUGACCACCCAAGGCCAGAGAGCAAGUCUGAGACGGAGGCCAGGAGGAGUGCUGUUAAGAGAAGGAUGUCCUCUCCUCACUUCUCUCAGAAGAGACGGCUGGUGGAGCCAGAGAGGUUCCCUGAAAUGACUGGUCCGUUCGCCAAUCUGCAUCCGCUGUCCUGUAUGGAAGGUUCUGAGCGCUUCAGCAUCAUUGCUGAGUCUAACUUCCCCCUGCAAACUCAGCACUAUGCCCCAUUCCAGAGCCCUGAGCCAUACAAAUUUGCCUACGACUCCCAUAGUGCCAUGGGGGAGACCCCACCCACGCUGCAGAAGCCGGCCAACCACCGACUGUACAUGCCUCGCCCCUCCUGUGGUUAUGACUUUGCUGUACCGGGGUACCUGGGCUCAGGUUCCUACACACCCCUCUACAACAAGGACCCCAGCAGCCCCCAGCCUGAGAGCUCAGAGCCUGGCAAGCCCACCCCAGGCCUGGUGUCCAGCUCCACACCCCACCCCAGCAGCAGCUAUGAUGCCCCCCCCAGCAAGCACCAUGGCUGGAAGCCUCUGUUGGGGAAAGGCACUCCCUAUGGAGAGCGAGGUGAUUAUGACCACCACUACUACAACCCUGAGUACCCCUGCCGCUACCCGGGGCCAGCACCCGGCUCCCCUGCUGCCCUGCAGACCAUCAUCACAACCACCACCAAGGUGUCCUACCAGCCCUGCCCCAAACCCAACCUGCUGCCAGCAUGCAGCUCCCUGUUGGAUGAUGCCAACCAGACAUCCUACUCUGAGGACUCUGGCGUCAUCAAGUCUGCCCUCUCAUAUCAGCCAGAGGCCUUGCCUCUGCCUGCCAAGGUAGAGCGUCCGGACAGCUUCGAAGGCUACAGAUACAGCAGCUACUCAGCCAGCUACCCUGACCGGGUGACUCACCCCUUCAGAUACGAGGGAGGGGAGUACUGACAGACUUGCAGACAGCACUCGCCUAUCACUGACAGACUUUCACACAGUACUGACCUAUCACUGACAGACCUGCAGACAGUACUGACCUAUCACUGACAGAACUGAAGCCUGGCUGACAGAAUCAGGCAGCCACCUGAAGAACACCGAUGUGUGAACCAAAAUCUCCUUGUUCUUGUUAUUUAUACAUUUGAUCAGUCAAAGUUUCUUGACUGUGAAAAUCUUCAUUAAUGUUUCUUUUAACUUCCCAACAUUUCGAAUUAGCAUGAAAUGCAUUAUGAAGUUCAUCUCACUAUAUUAAUAUUAUUGUAGGCAUCGUCUUAUAAGAAUUUCUUUCACAAACAAGCAGCCUGUCAGUCUGUAGUUCAGUUUAACAAAAUGUCUUCAUAACACUUAAAUAAAUGUGCUUUUGAUGAUGA